AUGCGCUACUCAAAAGUCUCAUUCGAUGAUCUCCCCGAACACGCUCGCAAAAUGAUAUUCUAUUUGGUGCUUUCACUGUCGGCUAUUUCGCUGUUCAGAUCUUUGACGACAGCUACUCCUUUACGGGUUAACCAGUCAUCAGCGGGAAUGUCUGGAGACGGAUCUCAAUACACUUUGGAGGAACGUGGCUCGCUCUACACCCUUGACUACCGAAUCUAUUUCAAGGGACCACAGGGCUACAUUUCUCCAUUCCAUGAUAUUCCACUCUUUGCUGAUGAGGCCAAUAAGGUCUACAACAUGAUUGUCGAAAUUCCACGAUGGACCAAUGCCAAGAUGGAGAUUGCAACCAAGGAUCCCCUCAACCCAAUCAAGCAAGACGAAAAGAAGGGCGUUGCUCGCUUUGUGCAUAACAUCUUCCCACACAGGGGAUACAUCUGGAACUACGGAGCUCUUCCACAGACUUGGGAAGAUCCCAACCAUAUUGUGCCCGACACUGGAGCCAAGGGGGAUAACGAUCCAAUUGAUGUGAUCGAAAUCGGCUCGCAAGUUCGUCAACGUGGAGCUGUUGUUCCUGUGAAACUUAUCGGCACUUUGGCUCUUCUCGACGAAGGAGAAACUGACUGGAAGCUGGUGACAAUUGCUGUUGAUGAUCCGCUUGCUGCUCAAAUCAACAACACUGCCGACGUUGAGACUCACUUCCCUGGAUUGUUGAAGGCUACUUUCGAAUGGUUCAAGCACUACAAAAUUCCCGCCGGAAAGCCAGCCAACGAGUUCGGAUACAACGGCGAGUACAAGGAGGCUGACUUUGCUCACAAGGUCAUUGCUGACACUCACGAAUAUUGGAAAGCGCUCAUGAAGGAGACGUCGCCCGAGCUUAACACGCAAUCACUUCAGCCAAAUGCCGUUCAUCAAGCCACUCAAGAAUCUUGGGCUGCUGAAGUGAACCGACAGCCGGCACAUGGUGAUGCUGCUAAGAUUCCACAAGAGGUCGACAAAUGGCACUUCAUUCAAUUC